AUGAGGAUACUAAUCAGCGAAGAAAAAGUAGAUAAACGCAAUCGGCCGCCUAGGUCCUGCGAGCCCUGUCGGCAACGAAACGAGACCCGGAUAGGGAAAAACAGCUCUGUAGCGGAACGCCUCAAGCACUUGGAAAGUCUGCUGGUAGCCGUGGCCGGGCAGAAAGGUCCCAUUCCACCUAUUGGCAGCAACACAGCCGCCAGUGUUUCCCCUACCAAUGUGUCCAAGGACGAUAGCGAAGCCAGGAUCGAUGACACAGUACCCAGUGGACUGCCAAAUCAUCUUGACUCGAGUCAUUGGUCGUCAAUAUUGGAUGACAUCAAAGCUAUCCGUGAAGACCUUCCAAGCGAAAGCCCUGAGUCGAUGUCCGAGAACAGUCCACCUGAGGCUGGUCUCCAGUCACGCAGGGAAACAAGUCUGGACUUUGACCUUGGAUUAUCUGAUGGCGUGUCCAUGGAAAGUGUGCUGGCGGCUUUGCCUUCGCGGGAGGUUUGUGAUACUUUGACGUCGAUGUUCUUCAGAUGGCACUACAAUAUGAUGCCAAUUCUACAUCCCGUAAAGUUCCAACAAGAGUACGAGGAGUUCUGGAAAGAGCCAGCUUCCGCUCCACCCAUAUGGAUUGCGCUCUUACUCGCCCUUCUUAGUUUGUCAGCUGGCGUCUUUGAAGCUUCAGGCAUGGGUAAAAGUUCGCCUAUGCCGAUUCCAACCAGCAGCGAUCUUUCCAGGCAGACAAAACAAUGCCUCCUCCUGAGCGAUUACAUUGGGUCCAAUGAACAUGCUGUCGAAGCCUUUCUCCUUCAUCUUGUUGGCUCUUGGUUGCUGGCCAGAGCCUCCGACACCCGUCUCUGGUUCUUGAUGGGAAAGGUAGUCCAGCUCGCUUUAUGCAAAGGCUACCAUCGAGAUUCUUCCAGGAUGCCCAAUGGGGGCCUAUCGCCAUUCGAUGGCGAGAUGAGGCGCAGGGUUUGGGUCUGCAUAUUCCAGCUCGACGCCCUUAUGUCUUUUCAACUGGGUCUUCCUAGUAUGGUACCGUCGGACUGUUGCGAUACGGACCUACCUGGAAACCUGAACGAGAGUCAAUUGCACCCUGAUAUUACAGAACUUCCACCAUCUCGACCCCUCUCAGAGAACACUACAAUUCUAUACUCUAUUGUCAAAGCGUCCAUCAUGGCUGAGUUCAAGAAUGUUUCCAAACAUACACGGUCUCCUACUACGCCUUCUCUGGAUGCCACAUUUUUACUCGACGCGCAAGUACGGAAGGCUUAUAACGAUAUCCCCGACAACUUCAAGUAUAGGCCGCUCACGAACUUCCUCACCGAGGACAUGAGUGUCGUCAUCACGAGGACAACGUUGGCUCUCUUGCAUUUGAAGACUCUGAUUGUCCUCCACCGUCAGCAUUUGACAUAUCGGCGUGACAGCCGCUCUGAAGCGUCCAGAAACGCUUGCUUGAAAGCGGCUGGUAGACUAUUGGAGAUACAAGCAGAAAUGCACCGGGUCACUCAGCCAGGGGGUCGGCUAUAUGAUAUGAAGUGGCUGAUAACCUCGCUGACGCUGAGCGACUUUACAUUGGGAGCUAUGGUGAUUUGUCUAGAUCUGACUGUCACUAUGAAACUCGCGACAGAAGCCUUUCAUAGCCCAGCUUCCAAUAAGGAGCUGCAAGGUUACUUGACAGUGAUCCAGGAUGCACAUAACAUAUGGCUUACUGCCGAGAAGACGACGUCGGAAGCACGUACAAUUGCUCAUGCCCUGGGUUCAACCAUCCAUCGUGUGAACGAGUUUCUGAGCACAAGAUCAUUACCUGGGAGUUCUGAGAUGUGGCAGACUUUGGACGGUGUUGCUUCCGUUAGCAUGGAGGAUGGCCUAUAUAUGAAUCCUUUGGAUAUGAUUGACGGUACUGACUGGACAUUGAUCGACAACCAGUUCCAGGACCCUGAUAUCCAAGAGUUCGACCUCGAUAUGUGGCUCAUGGAAACAGCUGGACCUUUUGGGGCAAAUGACUAG